AUGAGGUAUCAGAAGAUUCACAUUGGAAAAAAGUUUUUUAAAUGUAAUGAGUGUGAAAAGACUUUCACAAAGAGCUACAGUCUUGCAACACAUCAGAGAAUCCACACUGGAGAAAAACCUUAUGAAUGUAAUCACUGUGGAAAGGCUUUCACAAAGACAUCAAGUCUUGCUAAUCAUGAGAAAAUCCACACUGAAGAGAAACUUUAUGAAUGUAAACAGUGUGGAAAGGCAUUCACAGAGAGGUCCAAACUUGCUGCACAUCAGAGAAUCCACACUGGAGAAAAACCUUAUGAAUGUAAUCAGUGUGGAAAAGCUUUCAUAGUGCGAUCCAGUCUUGCUACACAUCAGAGAAUACACACUGGAGAGAAACCUUAUGCAUGUAAUCACUGUGGAAAGGCUUUUAGAUUGAGCUCCAGUCUUGCUGCACAUCAGAGAAUCCACACUGGAGAGAAACCUUAUGAAUGUAGUCAUUGUGGAAAGUGUUUUAGAGUUAGCUCACAUCUUGCUUCACAUCAGAGAAUCCACACUGGAGAGAAACCUUAUGAAUGUCAUCAGUGUGGAAAGGCUUUCACAGUGCGAUCCAGUCUUGCUACACAUCAGAGAAUCCACACUGGAGAGAAACCUUAUGAAUGUAAUCAGUGUGGGAAGCCUUUCACAAAGAGAUCCAGUCUUGCUAAUCAUGAGAAAAUCCAUACUGGAGAAAAACCUUAUGAAUGUUAUCAGUGUGGAAAGGCUUUCACAGAGAGGUCCAAUCUUGCUAAGCAUAAGAGAAUUCACACUGGAGAGAAACCUUAUGAAUGUAAUCAGUGUGGAAAGGCUUUCACUGUGAGCUCCAGUCUUGUUGCACAUCAGAGAAUCCACGCUGGAGAGAAACCUUAUGAAUGUAAACCAUGUGGAAAUGCUUUCACAGUAAGCUCCAAUCUUGCUGCACAUCAGAGAGUUCACACUAGAGAGAAACCUUAUGAAUGUAGUCAUUGUGGAAAGGGUUUUAGAUUGAGCUCCAGUCUUACUUUACAUCAGAGGAUCCACACUGGAGAGAAACUUUAUGAAUGUAAUCAGUGUGGAAAGACUUUCACACAGAGAUCCCAUCUUGCUUUACAUCAGAGAAUCCACACUGGAGAGAAACCUUAUGAAUGUAAUCAGUGUGGAAAGGCUUUCACAUACAGCUUCAAUCUUGCUACACAUCAGAGAAUCCACACUGGAGAGAAACCUUAUGAAUGUAAUCAGUGUGGAAAGGCUUUCACAGUAAGCUCCAGUCUUACUGCACAUCAGAGAGUUCACACUGGAGAGAAACCUUAUGAAUGUAGUCAUUGUGGAAAGGGUUUUAGAUUGAGCUCCAGUCUUACUUUACAUCAGAGAAUCCACACUGGAGAGAAACCUUAUGAAUGUAAUCAAUGUGGAAAGGCUUUUACAGUAAGUUCCAGUCUUACUGCACAUCAGAGAAUCCACACUGGAGACAAACCUUAUGAAUGUAGUCAUUGUGGAAAGUGUUUUAGAGUUAGUUCCCAUCUUGCUAAGCAUGAGAGAAUCCACACUGGAGAGAAACCUUAUGAAUGUUGUCAUUGUGGAAAGGGCUUUCGAGAGGGCUCCAGUCUUGCUAAACAUUUAAGAAUCCAUACUGGAGAGAAACCUUAUGAAUGUUGUCAUUGUGGAAAGAGUUUUCGAGAGGGCUCCUAUCUUGCUAAGCAUUUAAGAAUCCACACUGGAGAGAAACCUUAUGCAUGUAAUCAGUGUGGAAAGGCUUUCACACAGAGUUCCAGUCUUGCUGCACAUCAGAGAAUCCACACUGGAGAGAAACCUUAUGAAUGUAAUCAGUGUGGAAAGGCUUUCACAGUAAGCUCCAGUUUUGCUGCACAUCAGAGAAUCCACACGGCAAAGAAACCUUAGGAAUGUAAUCAUUGUGGUAAAACCUUCAGGCAAUAA